AUGAAAGGUUCGGGACAGCACGUCGGCGUCCAACUCGCUCGGCGCUGUCUCUGGGCCGACCGGACGCACAGGGACAGAGUCGAGCGAGGGAAUAAUUUAUCUGCACCGCGCAUCGAAUGUGGGGUGUUGCCGCGAGUGUGGCCGCUGAUCGCCGCGGGAGGGCGGCACCAGUCCUGCCCCCCCCCCCCCCCCCCGCAGCCGGCCGCGUGGUGCCGGUAG